AUGGCAGCACAGGCAGCAGAGAAGUUGGACCAGCUGGACCUGAAUGUCCAAGCUGCCCCCACAACCAACCAGGCCCCCGCCGAAGCGGAGGAAGACUCAGACGAUGGUCAAGAAGAAGGCACCCCAGAGGCUGGUGCUACUGGAGCCGACAAAAAGAAGAAGAAGAGAAAGCCCAAGAAGAAGAAGAAGGCCAGUGCUAAGGUGCAAAGUGAACCUCCCCGCGUUCCCGUCGCCAAUCUCUUCCCCAAUGGCAAAUACCCCGAGGGCGAGAUCGUCGAAUACUUGAACGAAAAUGCCUACCGUACCACCGACGAAGAGAAGCGCUACCUCGAUCGCAUGAACAAUGACUUCCUGACGGAAUAUCGCCAGGGUGCUGAAGUCCACCGUCAAGUCCGCCAGUAUGCGCAAAAGAACAUUAAGCCCGGCCAGACCUUGACCGAGAUCGCGGAGGGAAUCGAGGAUUCAGUGCGCGCAUUGACAGGCCACUCAGGUCUUGAGGAGGGCGACAACAUCAAGGGAGGCAUGGGUUUCCCUUGUGGUUUGAGCAUCAACCACUGCGCGGCGCAUUAUACCCCGAACGCUGGAAACAAGAUGGUUUUGAACCAAGGAGAUGUUAUGAAGGUCGACUUUGGUGCCCAGCUCAAUGGCCGGAUUGUUGACAGUGCAUUCACCAUGUCUUUCGACCCUGUAUACGACCCUCUUCUGGCGGCCGUCAAGGAUGCCACCAACACUGGUAUUCGGGAAGCCGGAAUUGAUGUCCGCAUGAGCGAUAUUGGUGCCGCUAUUCAGGAAGCCAUGGAGAGCUACGAAGUCGAACUCAAUGGCACUAUGCACCCUGUCAAGUGUAUUCGCAAUCUGAACGGUCAUAACAUUGAUCAGCACAUUAUCCACGGAGGCAAGAGUGUGCCCAUUGUCAAGAACACUGACCAGACCAAGAUGGAGGAAGGUGAAGUCUUCGCUAUUGAGACUUUCGGUAGUACCGGAAAGGGUUACGUGCGGGAGGAAAUGGAAACUUCGCAUUACGCGCUCUCUCAAGAUGCCCCCAACGUCCCAUUGCGUCUUUCUUCGGCCAAAAACUUGUUGAAUGUCAUUAACAAGAACUUCGGUACUCUUCCCUUCUGCCGCCGUUACCUCGACCGCCUCGGCCAAGAUAAAUACCUUCUGGGUUUGAACAACCUGGUUUCAUCUGGAAUUGUCCAGGAUUACCCCCCUCUUUGCGAUAUCAAGGGCUCAUACACUGCACAAUAUGAACAUACCAUUGUGUUGCGUCCUAACGUCAAGGAGGUUAUUAGCCGCGGUGACGACUACUAG